AAUUGACUACAAAAAUUUGAUAUGACAAGCGGUGUGUGUGUUUUUUUGUGAAUUUGAUUCGCUGUCGUCUCCAUUAAGCUCUGUGCAAAUAUUUCGGCACAUUUCUGUUACGAAACAAACUGCCCAUGAGCCACUUUGAAGGAUGGCAAAAUACAUUUGAAGAUUGCUCAAAGAGCUUAAUCAAAAAGCGAUUGUAAUGCUGCAUCGAUAGGUGAUGAAGAUGAUGUCGUGGGGUGAUGCAUUAUGGCUUGGCUUGACGGCGAGAUUUGCGAGGGUGGGGCGGCUGCGACGAGCCGUGCUCAUGCUAGCCGCGGCCGCCUGCACCGCUGCUGCUGUACUCUACUGGAAACAGCAGACUGACGACAGCGCCAACAGACCGCUUCACUCCAUGUAUUCGGGCAUCGAACCUCAGUGGUCUUGGUUAUGUCAACACGACCGAUGCGAGAGGUAUCAAGCAUCGGAUACGACGACGCUACAGUCGCUGCAGACUUGCAACAUGCUGUGCGCCUCCACCCAGCUCUGGCCACAGCCGACGGGGCCUGUCAGCCUCGCAUCGGCGGCUGUGCCCGUGAGAUCGGACCGCUUCUCCCUCAAAGUUAUAGCGUCACCAUCACGCGACGUCACCAAACACUUAAACGAAGCGUUUAUCGUGAUGCAAAAUCACAUGCGAACUUUAGAACAUGGCGUGGUCGGUGAAAACCGUCGAUCUGACAUAGGACCCCCGCGGGACGUACUGGUGAAGGUAUCCGUGAACGGAUCCGGCGACCCUCGUAUGCGGCUCGACACGAACGAAAGCUACAAACUCGCCUUACGGCCCUCCGGCAAUUCCCUCGUCGUAGACAUCACAGCGCAUUCGUUCUGCGGAGCGAGACACGGCCUCGAAACACUUUUGCAGGUCACCUGGCUGGAUCCGUACGCCGGAUCGCUACUCAUACUAGAAGCGGCAACUGUAGUUGAUGCCCCUCGUUUUCCUUACCGUGGCCUGCUUCUGGAUACGGCUCGUAAUUUUUUCCCCGUCAGUGAGCUUCUCCGCACCAUAGACGCGAUGGCCGCGAACAAACUAAAUACGUUCCACUGGCACGUGAGCGAUUCACAAUCGUUUCCGUGGAAGUUAGACAGCGCACCCCAACUGGCGCAGCACGGCGCCUACGGACCGGGCGCAGUGUACACGUCCGACGACGUGAGAACAAUUGUUAAAUACGCACGCAUCAGAGGAAUCCGGGUGCUGAUGGAAAUAGACACACCGGCGCACGUCGGUCGAGCUUUCGGUUGGGGUCCGGAGGCUGGCCUCGGCCACUUAGCGCACUGCAUAGAGGCGGAACCCUGGAGUUCCUACUGCGGAGAACCUCCGUGCGGCCAACUGAAUCCUCGCAACCCUCACAUAUACGAUUUACUAGAACACGUCUACAGGGAGAUCAUUCAAUUAACUGGGGUCGACGACAUCUUCCACCUUGGUGGCGAUGAGGUGUCGGAACAGUGCUGGGCUAAGCACUUCAAUGAUACGGAUCCGAUGGAUCUUUGGAUGGAGUUCACGCGACAAGCCAUGCACGUUCUCGAACGAGCGAAUGGGGGUAAAGCGCCAGAGCUCACUCUGCUUUGGUCAUCGCGAUUGACGCGCUCCCCGUACCUCGAACGCCUCGACCCAAAACGCUUUGGCGUACAUGUGUGGGGCGCGUCGCAGUGGCCCGAGUCGCGUGCGGUUUUGGACGCCGGCUUCCGAUCGGUGAUCUCGCACGUGGACGCCUGGUACCUCGACUGCGGGUUCGGGUCGUGGCGCGACAGCUCGGACGGACACUGCGGGCCGUACCGGUCGUGGCAGCAGGUGUACGAGCACCGACCGUGGGCGACGGAAACGCCCGAGAGCGCGGCAUGGCCGGUGGAGGGUGGCGCAGCGUGCCAGUGGACGGAGCAGUUGGGUCCGGGCGGGUUGGACGCGCGCGUGUGGCCCCGGACGGCAGCUCUGGCGGAGCGGCUGUGGGCAGACCGUGCCGAGGGCGCCACGGCGGAUGUGUACUUGCGGCUCGACACACAGCGGGCGCGGCUGGUGGCGCGGGGGGUGCGGGCGGCGCCGCUGUGGCCGCGCUGGUGCUCCCACAACCCGCACGCGUGCCUCUAGUGCAGCCCCUCUCCACUACAACGGUACAAUCACAAACUAGAUAAGAAAUCGCCUUUUCGCAUUAAAAUUAUACAAUUUCCAAAAAUAGUCGAAAUUAAAUUCAAAUACGGAAUCAUUUGGUAUAGCCAGUAUUUUUCUCAUAGAUACUGUCAAAAGAGCGAAGUUUAGUUUUAGUUUUUUUGUUAUUUUUAAUUUACCUAUGUUUUGACUACUAUUAACAAAUUUAAUACUUACAUAAUUUUAUCUUACUUUUUAAAAGACAGAUAAUGUAAGUACUGGUAAAAAAA